AUGUCGCGUCCCGAAGAUGUCUUGCCUCCGGAUCUAUUCUACGAUGACAAUGAGUCUCGGAAGUAUACCACUUCAUCGCGUAUCCGUAACAUCCAGUCCGAUAUGACCCAUCGGGCCCUUGAUCUUCUAGACCUUCGGUCACCGUCACUCAUUCUUGAUGUUGGCUGCGGCUCUGGUCUUUCUGGCGAGAUCCUUUCUCAGGUGUCUCCGGAACAUGGCGGUCCGCACACUUGGUUCGGCAUGGAUAUUUCGCCCAGUAUGCUCGACGUCGCCCUUCAACGCGAUGUCGACGGCGACCUUUUUCUUGCUGAUAUCGGGCAAGGGAUACCCUUCCGUCCCGGAACUUUUGACGCAGCCAUCAGCAUUAGUGCUAUCCAGUGGCUCUGUAAUGCGGAGUCGAGUGAUGUUAGUCCGGAAGGUCGUCUCCGUCGCUUCUUUGAGGGUUUAUAUGCUAGUCUUCGGCGUGGAGGUCGCGCAGUCUGUCAAUUUUAUCCCAAGAAUGAUGCUCAGCGGAGCAUGAUUAGCGGAGCUGCCAUGAAGGCUGGCUUUGGAGCAGGUAUACUUGAAGAUGAUCCGGGUACAAAGAACAGCAAAUUAUACCUGGUUCUCACAGUCGGAGGCGGUGGGUUACAAGGCGACAUCACUGGUAUUGUGAAUGGUCUGAACGAUGUGGAUGUCUUGGACGCCCGGAAGAGGGCCAUGGAGCAUGGGAAGCAGCCAUCGUCCAGGAAGGGUGACAAGGCCUGGAUUCUGCACAAAAAGGAACAGAUGACACGGAAGGGCAAGGUCGUCAAAGCAAAUUCGAAAUAUACUGGCAGAAAACGACGUCCCGCUUUUUGA